UGUUGCUCGUCCCCGUCUCCGUUUCUGUUUCCGUCAAGGUCCAGCCGGUAAAGCAUCGGAGUACUCGACCGCCCAGUGUCUACAGAGCUCCUCCGAUCUGUUCGAGUCCCGGCCGGAGAUCCGCCCCUCUCCUCGACGACACCCGACAGAUCCGGCGAUGCAGUUCUUCAGCGGCUCCUCGCUCACGUCAGUGGCGCCGGAGGCGAGCCCCGCCCCGGCGGCGCCCCCCGGCACAGGCACGGGCGCCAACGCGCAGGUGCUCUACGUCUUCAACCGCAACGGCGUCUGCCUGCUCUACCGCGAGUGGCACCGCCCGCUCCGCACGCUCGACCCCACCCAGGACCACAAGCUCAUGUUCGGCCUCCUCUACUCACUCCGAUCCUUCACCGCCAAGAUGGACCCCACCUCGGCUGAAAAGGGGAACCUUGGGGUGCCAUUACUGCCAGGCCAGGGCUGUUCAUUUUAUAGCUUCAAAACAAACACAUACAAACUGAACUUCAUGGAGAGCCCUUCUGGUCUAAAGCUUAUUCUGAUUACACAUCCAAGGACUGGUGAUCAGCGAGAUUCACUGAAGCAUAUCUACAAUCUAUACGUGGAUUAUGUUGUAAAAAAUCCUCUGUGCGCUCCUGGAGCUCCAAUCAAAUGUGAACUUUUCAAUAAACAUCUCGAUCAAUAUGUGAAAACAUUAAUUUGAUAUCAUUGAGAUUUGGGUGGUCAGCAUUAGCUAAAAACGGUUCCAUUUCAUGUUCUUUAGCGUGGUGAGAUCACCAACCUAUUUGAUUAUAACUAUUUUGAGAAAAGUACUGCUUAAAUGAUGCUACAGACUUCUCUGGUACAAUGCAAAAAUGGUCAUGUUCCCAUUGUUUUUUUACAAUUGCACCAUGUAUUAGAUAUCUAGAUUGUUCAAAGCUGCUGUCUUCUUCUUAAUAACUUCAAUAGCUCUACUAUGAUCACACUCCUGUAAAUUUCUUGUUUGAUUAUGAUGGAUACCCGCAAGAUAAAAACUGUUGCCUCUUCCA